GAGCGCAACCCCCCCCCGCCCCCGACAGUGGGAAGGGGCCGGGCCAGCCUCCUGACGUCUGUGCGGGGCUCGGAAGAUGGCUGCGGAGCCCAGCACGGGGCAGUGGCUGCGGCGGUGGUGGCGGCGGGCGGGGAGCGCGGCGGACGGGGGCUCCGCCUUGCGCGUGGGGCGCUGAGCGGAGAGGCGCGGAGGAGGCGUGGGCGCACGGGGGGCUUGGGGGACAGCUCGGCGUUGCCUCUCUGCCACCCGCCACACCAUGGGCAGCGCGGAGGACGCAGUCAAAGAGAAACUGCUGUGGAACGUAAAAAAGGAGGUGAAGCAAAUCAUGGAGGAAGCUGUUACCAGGAAGUUUGUGCAUGAAGAUAGCAGCCACAUCAUUGCUCUGUGUGGUGCAGUGGAGGCUUGCCUGCUACAUCAGCUGAGACGACGUGCUGCCGGCUUCCUGCGCAGUGACAAGAUGGCAGCCCUGUUCACCAAGGUGGGGAAGACAUGCCCAGUGGCUGGGGAGAUUUGCCACAAGGUACAGGAGCUACAGCAACAAGUAGAGGGCAGGAAACCCUCAGCGGGCAACCAGGAUGCCCUGCGGAGACAGGGCUCUGCCAGCGGGAAGGCCCCGGCUCUCAGCCUACAGGCCUUAAAACACAUAUGGGUACGCACAGCGCUCAUCGAGAAAGUGUUGGACAGGGUCAUGCAGUACCUCGUGGAAAACUGCAGCAAGUACUACGAGAAGGAAGCGUUACUGGCAGAUCCUGUAUUUGGCCCCAUCUUGGCCUCUCUUCUAGUGGGACCUUGUGCCUUGGAGUACACCAAGCUCAAGACUGCUGAUCACUACUGGACUGACCCCUCUGCUGAUGAGCUAGUCCAGAGGCACCGUAUCCGGGGUCCCCCUAAUCGCCAGGACUCCCCUGCAAAGCGCCCAGCCCUAGGAAUUCGGAAGCGGCACUCAAGUGGCAAUGCAUCAGAGGACAGGCUAGCUGCCUGUGCCCGCGAGUAUGUGGAGUCCCUGCACCAGAAUUCAAGAACACGGUUGCUCUACGGCAAGAACAACGUACUAGUGCAGCCAAAGGAGGACAUGGAGGCUGUCCCUGGCUACCUCUCCCUGCACCAGUCCGCAGAGAGCCUAACUCUGAAAUGGACCCCCAACCAACUCAUGAACGGGACUCUGGGGGACUCCGAGCUGGAGAAAAGCGUUUACUGGGACUAUGCCCUGGUUGUGCCCUUCAGUCAGAUUGUCUGCAUCCACUGCCACCAGCAAAAGAGCGGCGGCACACUCGUGCUGGUGAGCCAGGAUGGCAUCCAGAGGCCGCCACUGCACUUCCCACAGGGAGGACACCUGCUGUCCUUUCUGUCCUGCCUGGAGAAUGGACUUCUGCCCCGAGGACAGCUGGAGCCCCCGCUCUGGACCCAGCAGGGGAAGGGGAAAGUGUUCCCCAAGCUACGGAAACGCAGCAGCGUGCGGACUGUGGAUGUGGAGGAGAUGGGCACCGGGAGGGCCACAGACUACGUGUUCCGGAUCAUUUACCCCGGCCACAGGCACGAGCACAUCACUAUUAACUACCACCACCUAGCGGCCAGCCGCGCGGCCUCGGUGGACGAUGAUGAGGAAGAGGAGGAUAAACUGCACGCGAUGCUCUCAAUGAUCUGCUCGCGGAACCUCACAGCUCCCAAUCCGAUGAAAGAUGCUGGUGACAUGAUUGAAAUGCAGGGCUUUGGGCCCGGCCUGCCAACCUGGCACCUGGAGGCCCUGUGCUGCCAGGGCCCCUCCUGCCUCUCCUGCUCCACCAGCAGCUCCCCAUAUGCAGCCCCCAGCCAUUGCAGCCGUGUCCCCGACCGGUUGCCCCUCAGGCUGCUGUGUGAGAGCAUGAAGAGGCAGAUCGUGUCCCGGGCCUUCUACGGCUGGCUGGCUUACUGCCGCCACCUGUCCACGGUGAGGACCCAUCUGUCAGCGCUCGUGCGUCACAGCAUCAUCCCGCCUGCCCGGCCCCCAGGAGCCUCCGGGGGCCUCACCAAGGACGUGUGGAGCAAGUAUCAGAAGGAUGAAAAGAACUACAAGGAGUUGGAGCUGCUACGGCAAGUUUACUAUGGAGGUGUGCAGCACGAGAUCCGUAAGGAUGUCUGGCCUUUUCUGCUUGGCCACUACAAGUUUGGCAUGAGCAAGAAGGAGAUGGAGCAGGUGGACUCAGCAGUGGCAGCAAGGUACAAGCGGGUGCUGGCAGAGUGGAAGGCCUGCGAGGUGGCAGUGAGGCAGCGGGAGAGGGACGCGCAGCCAGCCACACUCACCAAGUUCUCCUCGGGCAGCAGCAUCGACAGCCAUGUGCAGCGCCUCAUCCACCGAGAUUCCACCAUCAGCAAUGACGUAUUUCUCUCGGUGGAUGACCUGGAGCCCCCAAAGCCCCCAGGCACUGAAGAUCCCAGACCCGAGCCUGAGCAGGAGCCGGGAGCAGGGCCCCCCGGCACCACCAUGGUGGAACAGCAGCAGUCAGUGGAGUUUGACUCUCCAGACUCGGGACUGCCAUCCUCUCGCAAUUACUCCGUGGCCUCGGGCAUCCAGUCGAGCAUAGACGAGGGGCAGAGCAUGGGCUUCGAGGAGGAGGACGAUGGCGGUGGGGAGGAAGGCUCCGACGGGCCGGUCCUGGCAGCCCGUGUUUUCUCCGAGCCCCAAGAUCCCAGCCAGGAGAAGGCCUCGCGGGCUCGCGAGCUGGAGGCAGGGGAGGAGCUUGCGGCCGUGUGCGCUGCUGCCUACACUAUAGAAUUACUGGAUACUAUGGCCUUAAAUCUGCACCGCAUAGACAAGGAUGUGCAGCGAUGUGACCGCAAUUACUGGUACUUCACGCCCCCCAACCUGGAGAGGCUCAGAGACGUCAUGUGCAGCUACGUGUGGGAGCACCUGGACGUGGGCUAUGUGCAGGGCAUGUGCGACCUGCUGGCACCUCUCCUGGUCGUCCUCGAUGAUGAUCAGCUGGCCUACAGCUGUUUCAGCCACCUCAUGAAGAGGAUGAGCCAGAACUUCCCCAACGGGGGCGCCAUGGACACCCACUUUGCCAACAUGCGCUCCCUCAUCCAGAUCCUGGACUCAGAGCUGUUUGAGCUGAUGCAUCAGAAUGGAGACUACACCCACUUUUACUUCUGUUACCGCUGGUUCCUCCUGGAUUUUAAGAGAGAGCUGCUGUACGAGGACGUGUUUGCCGUGUGGGAGGUGAUCUGGGCGGCCCGGCACAUCUCAUCAGAGCACUUUGUCCUGUUCAUCGCCCUGGCCCUGGUAGAGGCCUACCGUGAGAUUAUCCGGGACAACAACAUGGACUUCACCGACAUCAUCAAGUUCUUCAAUGGUCUCGAGGCGGUUCUCCUCCACCUCUCCUACUGGAACUUUAUCAAGUUCAGGAUUCACAACUCUACAGCAGGCCCAGGGCAGGGUGGCACAUGUUGGGGAAUUCUGCAUGGAGUUGACAGAUUGGACUGCAGGCUAGCUGUGUGGCCAUACCAAGCCACCUCGAACCUGUUUCCUUAUCUGCCAGAACAGGGCUAGUUCUUGGCUCGUUUACUCCGCCAUACUGUUAAGAGAUGAAACAAGAUAGUGUUUGUAAAAAUGGUUUUGAGGAAGUAUGAAGUAUUGCAAAAGUAUAAGGAAGACCAGAAUUGCAGUCCUCAGAGCCUGUUUAGGAUCGAACACUGGCAUCAGAACUGGAAGGUCUCAAAUCUUCUAAAACCGACCAGCACCGAAGCUGCUCGAGGACCCGUGCCCCUCAAAUGUCCACAGGGUUAAGAACCCCGAUGCUUGCUAGAGGACUUUCCCUAAAAGGCUCUGCCUCCUGUUGCAACAAAGUGACCCAGAUGCUGCAGCCUGACAGCCCCAUCUCUGGUUUCAGUGCAGGUUUAUUUCAGUUUUAUAUUUUAUUCCAGGCAAGUGCUUAUUACAUGGAUAGUAUUCAUGUCUCAAUACCUAAAGUCUUGGAGCAUGAACAGCCACUAGAAUACAGUUCAAUAGUAAAAAUACAAUAUGUACAAAAUUAGGGUUUUUGUAGGGUUUUUGUUUUUGUUUUUUUUUUUUUUUCCCACACAGCAGAUGUAUCCAAACACAUAAAAAUCUCUACAGUC